CUUACGAAAUACUAAACAUUUGUUACGAAACAUUAGUAAUUGACAUUUAUAUAUCUAUUGGAAAUUAAGAAAUGGUGCAAAUUGUAUUAUUUGUUUUUAAAACAGGAAGAUGAUUGAGGCAGUACAUGGUCAUAAUUGAGUGCCAUGGAUUUCGUUGUGGGAGGCUUGGCAGGUGUCGGCGCCGGGUUCUUUAGCAACCCGUUUGACGUCGUAAAGACUCGCAUGCAAUUGCAAGGAGAGUUGCGAGCUAAGGGCCAACAUGCCGUCCACUACAAGAACAUACCACAUGCUAUGUACACUAUAGUGAAACAUGACGGACUAUCUGCGCUUCAGAAGGGCUUAGUGCCUGCACUGUGGUUCCAGUUGGUUGUUAACGGGGUAAGAUUAGGAAUAUAUCAACAUGCAGACAACUAUGGCCUUCUUAGAGACAAGGAAAAUAAUACAAAAUUAAUGAAUAGUCUGUUCUUUGGAUUCAUUGCUGGGAUGACAGGGGGGGCGGUGGGAAGCCCCCUCCAAUUAGUAAAGACUCAAUUGAUGUCAUAUUCCUCAAAGAAGAUAGCAGUGGGCACCCAGCAUGGUCAUCCAGGCACUAUGUAUGCUUUUACUAAAUUGUAUAAAGAGAAUGGCUUCUUUGGACUGUGGCGAGGCGCGCACGGAAUGAUGAUUAGGAACUCCACCGGUUCUGCCUCACAAAUCGCUGCAUAUGCUAUGUGCAAAGAGUGGAUGGACAACAACAACUUGUUCCAGCAAUCCAAGUAUCUGUCGGCGUUCAUGGCGAGCAACAUCGGCGCCGUGGUGAAGACCAUCACCCUCACGCCUAUGGACGUCAUCAUGACGCGCCUUUACAACCAAUCGGUCGACGCUCAAGGCCGGGGUGUAAUGUACACAGGCAUCGUGGACUGCGCGCGCAAGAUCACCAAAACGGAGGGCCUGUUCGCCUUGUACAAGGGCAUAGGACCUUCUUACUUACGGCAGGCGCCGCACACUGUACUGCUGCUAGUGUUCUGGGACAUGCUGAAAGAUCUACAGAAGAGUAUGGACUUGUAAAAUGAAUCGACUAUAUUUAAUGUUUUAGACGAAUUCGCAACAGCUGUUAGAAAUGUAUGUUUCUAUAUUUAAUAUGUUUCUAACAGGGGCGUAGUAUGAUAUGGGGCCCCGGACUUUCACACGAUAGGUAAUCGUGUGAAAGCAAUAAUUACUAAAAUGUAAUCCACAAUCUCACUUAAUAUGCUUCCCGGAAAAGCAUAAAAAUAUUUGCGGAGUGUUCAGAAAUGACAAAAGUUAAUAAAGAACCUGUUUUUUCUUGAUUGAGCGUGCGCUCAACAGUUGGAAGCAUCCUACAUAGGUUAAGUCAUUGUAAUAUUUAUUUUAAACGACCAUUUUUGUUUCUUGUGUGAUUUUUUUUUCUUUAGCUACCUUUCAUUUGGACACCCCAACUAAUUUUAAUACAGAGCCUCCAAUUCACGCUACGCCACUGGUUCCUAAUAACAGUGAAUAACUUUUUUAAGCUCUUUCGUCUAGAUUAAACUUUUUCAAGUUAUAGUUCUUAGUAGGUAGGUAUAUAAGUUUAAUAGAUGGUGCUUUAAAGAGUCAAUACAUAUGAUUUAUUUUGCAUAAAAUGAGUAUGUAUAUAAUUCAUUAACAUAAAACUAAUGCUUCUAAAUUUGUCUUAACACAAUUUGUAAUCCAAAAAUUGUUCAGUUUCUCAUUGUAAUUUAUGGUUAAAAGUUGUUUAGUUAAACAUUAAGUUAUUUUUAUAACUUAAUGUUUAAUUAACUAACUUCCAAAGAGAAGAAGUUCUCAAUUUGUUUCAUGUUUCUUUAAUCAUGUAAAGCGUAUCCUAUAUUUAAAGAAGUAGGUAGAAAAUACCUAUACCUGUUUUGCGUUUAUAUGAUUUUAAAUUAUAGGUUAACAAAAAACCUAAGAUUUAGAUCUUAGUCUAUAAUAGAUAAUGUUAGUAAUAUGGAAACUAAACUAAUUUUCUAUAGUUAAACGCUUAAAUGUGGCCUUUGAUUGGAAUCUCUUCCAAAUAGAUCAUAUAUAUAACUAUAUAAAAUCUAGUGAUAGGUACAUGAUAGUAUUAAAAGCAAUAUGACAGUACAAAAAAGGUUUGUCUUAAACUCUUUGAUUAAAGAUAUUAUAUUUUCUAGAUAAUUAACGAGUUGCUUAAAAAGUGUAAUUAAAACUCGAAUGCAUUUUACAAACAGAGCAAAUUGAGUUUUAUUAUAGAUACAUGAGAGUAGGUAUUAAUACCAAGUUAUGUACUUAUAUAAUAGUAAAAAAACAAUGUCAUAAAACGGUUUGUAUCAGAACAGCAAUUGCUGUAUUUUUUUUUGUUUCAUUUUGACUUAUGAUUUUUUUUAUUUCAAUAAUUAGGGUUUAUAUUAUGAGAGUACUUAGAUAAAAUAUAACUGAUGAUAUUAAAUCAUAUUGUAUAUCAAAUCAGACAAUAUGAAUAUUUUAGACUUCGGCCAAAGUUAACUAGUUACUAAGUUACCACUUGUAUUUUAAUUUUUAAAGAACUUUAAGUACAAAUUCCGGCAAGUAAGUUGAACGCAAAUGGCUGUCAUUUGCGCAGGUACAUUUAUUACCAGAAGGGUUAAACGCAUUGUCCGUGUUUGCCGAGACUGUAAUCACUCAUUUCCAAAAUCCCCCAAAAAGUGAUCCGAUUUUACCGCCCGUCGCUCCAGGCGCCAAAUCCUAAAGAGCGCCUAAAUGAUACUCCUAGUCAACCGUAGACGGUACUGCGCCUGAUUUUCAAUUGGUCACCACAGAGUAUGGUCGAGAUCUUCACGUUCCAUUCUUACUUUACACUCAUAAUUUGGUAUAGGUUUAUCUGCAUAUUAUUAGGAGCAAACAGGAGAGGCGCCAUCGGAUCUCGCUCCAUUUUAAAAUUAACUUCGGGCCGGCGCUGAUUGCACCUCUUACCUUACGUCGCUAACACCUGAAUACGUGUUAAUGCGCAUAGUUCAACUUACAGGCCGCUUCGUAUACCUGUAAUAUAAUAAGCGCAAACAUUUUGGCAGUUCCUGGCAGGCAGUUUAAUACCCAUAAAAUUGUGCCAAUGACAAUAAUAAUGAGAAAACUAGAGCAUGUCUUAUAGUUUAAUUUAUAGCUUCAAACGUUUGCGUCUAUUUUCCUAUAUUUCCAAAUGGAAGGAUCAGUGUUGCAAAGAAAAAGGUUUUUCUUUAUAUCUUAAAUAUAGUUUUAAGUUACCAAAGUAGUAGUAAGUUAUUAAUUAAGUAUAAAUUAUAUAAUUUCAGGCUAUUUGUAAAAGUGGGGCUAUGUGCAAAACCCUCAGAGUCACAAGGGUUAAAAAUGAUUUACCUACAUUUUUUUUUCAAAUUCAAAUUCAUAAUAAGUAGGUAAAUUAGGUAGGAAAAAGUGCUUAUUAACUACGCCUACUGAAAAUACAAUUUUUAAGAAAUUAAAUAUCACGUGUCUCAAUCGGUGAAGGAAAACAUCGUGAGGAAACCUGCAUACGAGAGAAUUAUCUCAAUUCUCUGCGUGUGUGAAGUCUGCCAAUCCGCAUUGGGCCAGCGUGGUGGACUAUUGGCCUAAACCCUCUCAUUCUGAGAGGAGACUCGAGCUCAGCAGUGAGCCGAAUAUGGGUUGAUGACGACGACUGAAAAUACAGUAGGCGUAGUUAAUAAGCACUUUUGUGACGUCAAGUUUUACAAUUUGCAGUGACUCUACUACUGGUUCGGAAGGCAGAUUCUGCUCAGCAGAACGCCUUUAAAAUAAUCAUACAUACUAAUAUUAUAAAUGUGAAAGUGUGUGUGUUUGUCUCUCUGUUUUUUAUCCGUCUUUCACGGCAUUAACGGAGCGACGAAUUGACGUAAUUUUUUAAGUGGAAAUAGUUGAAAGGAUGGAGAGUGACAUAGGCUACUUUUUGUCUUUUUCUAGCCCCCCACUUCCCUAAAAUGGGGUGCACGCGUAAAAUUCAGUUCUUCACAAAUCCUGGGAUAAAAAGUAGUCUAAGUACUCCGCAUUUGUUGCCCAAUUAUUUUUUUUAUCUACCAGUGGAAGUUCUGUUAAAAUCGGCUGAGCCUUUCCAGAGAUUAGCCCGAACAAAUAGAGACUUAAAGUUAAAAAAAUAAGCUUCAAUUCAAUUCAUGUGUUGAUUCUACUUCAUGUAUGAAGAUGAAAGCCGUUCCAUUUGCGUCUGUCUCAUCUGUCAUAAGCUUGCGCAGGUAUGGUAUAGAAAAUGGAUAAUCCUGAACAUUUUUUUUCCCUAAUAACUUUAUAUCAACAGACAUUCGACUGACAGACUGCUCCUGUUUUUCAAUAGUACUAUAUUCAAACAUGUUCAUAUUUUGCAAUCUACGAUGACGCCACAAGUUAUUUAUGGAUAACCAAAAAAUUUUAAUAAAAAAAAUUCAACCGACUUCCAACUCAAAAAAUAACUUUAACUAAAAAGCAAAAAAUAACAUCCUACCUAUGUGCUACCUUCUGAUCAGUUGGAAGGCGGUGCCAAGCCAGUGAUGUUUUAAUUAAAUACGUUUAAACUACAAAGUUUCUGUUGUUAUUCCAGAAACAGCUUUAAUUAAAACACGACAAUGGCUUGGCACCGCCUUCAAACUGAUCAGAAGGUAGCACAUAGGUAGGAUGUUAUUUUUUGCUUUUUAGUUAAAGUUAUUUUUUGAGUUGGAAGUCGGUUGAAUUUUUUUUAUUAAAAUUUUUAUUUUUUUAUUUUUAGUAUUAGCAUACCCACUGCGUGUGUACAGUCACAACCUAUCUAAGUGGAAAGUUCUUAUCAAUUCAAAAUUAUCAAGUCCAAACACAAGGUAGCUACUGUGAGCCGUCGAAGAGUUCUCUUCACUGUGCUUCGUCUUCAUCACCAGACCCUUAAUACAGUCGCAAUCCAUCUAGGUGGAAAGUUUUCAUCAAUACACAUUUAUCAAGUCCGAACACAAGGUAGCUACUGUGAACCGUCGAUAAGUUCUCUUCACUGUCCCUCGUCUCCAUCACCAGACCCUUAAUACAGUCACAAUCCGUCUAGGUGGUAAAUUCUCAUCAAUACAAAUUUAUCAAGUCCAAACACAAGGUAGCUACUGUGAACCGUCGAGGAGUUCUCUUCACUGUCCCUCGUCUUCAUCACCAGACCCUUAAUACAGUCACAAUCCUUCUAGGUGGAAAGUUCUCAUGAAUACAAAUUUAUCAAGUCCAAACACAAGGUAGCUACUGUGAACCGUCGAGGAGUUCUCUUCACUGUCCCUCGUCUUCAUCAUCAGACCCUUAAUACAGUCACAAUCCGUCUAGGUGGUAAGUUCUCAUCAAUACAAAUUUAUCAAGUCCAAACACAAGGUAGCUACUGUGAACCGUCGAGGAGUUCUCUUCACUGUCCCUCGUCUUCAUCACCAGACCCUUAAUACAGUCACAACCCAUAUAGGUGGAAAGUACUCAUCAAUACAAAUUAAUCAAGCCCAAACAAAAGGUGACUGCUGUAAAUCCUUGACGAGUUCCAUCGUCUGUGUUUCGGCUCCAUCAUCAGACCAACUCCAAACCUUCAUAAAGUUGUAGUGGUUUAAAAUACCUUAUGGAAACACUAACAAACGUACUAGCCGUCUCUACAACUUUCGAAAGUUCCCCUCAAUUUCUCCAGGAUGCCAUCAUCAGAUCCUGACAUGAAAAAAAUGGGACCACCCUGGAAGUAAACCCUACAAAACAAAAAAAGAAUUUUCAAAAUCGGUCCAUAAUUGACGGAAUUAUCGCUGGACAUACAUAAAAAAAAAAAAAAAAAAAAAAAAAAAAAAAACAUACAUACAGCCGAACGUAGAACCUCCUCCUUUUUGGAAGUCGGUUAAAAACUAAACUUGAACAUUUACUUAAUCAAUCGCCACGCGUCACUAGCUGAUGUAAUAAAAAUCGAUAUUGACUUUCUGUCGAAAUAUUCACUAUCGUGACCUCGAUUAGUUUCUGGUUCUUUAAUUAUUAUCGUUUAUAGGUAAUUUAAUUUGUAAAUAAAAGAAUCUUGUGAGUGAGACAUUCUAAACAAGUGAUGUUUUCAAAUACUAUGUCUUUUUAUGAUUGUGUGUAGAGAAAUAGUCAUUUUCUCAAAUUAAUUAUUAUGUUUGUUAUUUGAUUUUAAUGGAUGUGGACAGAAAUUGAUUGACACUAAGAGUGCCCAAAUUCAUGAGUUUACAGGUAUCAUGCCUAUAUAUUAUGCCUAUUUAUUUAAAUAACUAAACUGGAAAUCAAAACACUUGAAAAGUGGAGGAAUUUUAAUAACUUAAUAAUAAGUCUUAAUUUAACUCUCAAAAAUCUGUUUGUUAUCCUACACACUAGAAAUAGUAGGUACCUACUCUAAUUUUUUGUACUUUUAACUUCAAAUAUUAUGAUCAAUUAAUUUUCAAUAAUAACAUAACAGCAUGCUAAGAGUUAAUGUUAAAGAUCUAAGGUUAGCUUAAUUUUAUUAGCAAAAUAUUUUUAGUGAUUUAAAUUAUUCAAAAUUCAUUUAUUUCAAGUAGGCUCAGUUUACAAGCACUUUUGAAACGUCAGUUGACUAUUUGUAAAGAUUCUAUCACCGGUUUGGAAGGCAGAUAUUCGAAUUAAAUAUACUUAUUGUAUGCUAAUAUAUUGUGAUUUUGGUAUAUUAUUAUUUUAUUAGUUUAAUAACGUUCUAUAAGUUCGUCACAGUAUUUCAUGCCAGUGUUAUUUAUUUAUAUAGAAUCUAGACUAGGAUCAAUUGAUAAUGUUAUUUGAAAUAAACGUUGUUGUAGUUCAG